CUCCAUACUUCUUUGAAAUAACUGAAGAAGAAACUGGAGUUGUGGAGAUUGGUAAGGCAUUGGCUAUAGACCCAGAUCAGCCGCUAGUUGAAAGUGGAGUGAGGUACUCACUGGACCCGACCAGUUACCCAAUGAAUACGUUCACUAUUGAUGCAACCAAUGGAUCAAUAUUUGCUGUGAAACCUCUGGACAGGGAAACCAUUGACUCCAUUGAAUUAAGAAUAAUGGCAAGGGACCUAGACCUACAGGAUCAAAGGGUCGAAACAGCUAUUGCUUAUAUAACUGUACUGGACAUCAACGACAAUAGACCAAGGUUUGAAUCAAACAGUUAUAAUGUCUCAGUAUCUGAAGACACACCCACUGGUAUUGUGAUAAGUCGAGUUAGAGCUAAUGACAGUGACGCUGGUGAGUUCAGUAGAAUCACUUACUCCAUUGACUCUGGAGCAGAAGGGAAAUUCACCAUUGACCCUAAUUUUGGAAGAGUGAUAGUUGCUAGUGGUCUUGACUAUGAAGAGGAAAAGUUUUACAAUUUAACAGUUCGAGCAACUGAUGGAGGGGGCCUGUCUUCAACAGCAUAUCUUGAAGUUCACAUAACUGACAUUAAUGACUGCACUCCACAGUUUGAUCGGAAUAUUUAUUCAAUUAACGAUAUUUUAGAAA